AUGAGCUCCAAUGAAGAGGUCUUUAGUCAGAUAAACGCAACUGUGAAUGUGGUCGAUAAUAAAAAGCGCCUACUAUUCGUUCAGGAUAGUUGCGCACUAGUCCUGGGGCUUGUUGCAGGGUUUUUGCAGAUUGAAUCUGUCAAUGGGUUCCUUUGGUUCCUAGCCCUGUACAACUUGAUCAAUAUGGUUUACAUUGUUUGGAUCUGUCAAUUACAACCAGGGAAAUUCUACCAAAGCCCACUGCAAGAUAUUUUUUUCGAAUCAUUUAUCAGAGAGUUAACUGGGUUCGUCAUGGCAUGGACAUUUGGUUAUGCCUUAAUCGGAUAA